GAAAGCUUUCGCACUUUAUGAUCAAAAUGGUGAUGGAGUAUUGGAUCGGGCUGAGUUCUUCACCAUGUUGCACAAGCUGGAUGAAGAGUUCUUCACCCCUCACGUGGUCGACGUGCUGCUCAAGGAGGCGGACGUGGACCAGGACGGCAAGAUCUACUACCACGAGUUCGUGCGUUGGAUUUGCCAG